AUGCCCAAUUACAUGACGUUGCAACGCAGCUCUAUGGGGAUUAGGAUCAUCCAGGACGGCAAUGAGGUUGUAAAAGAGGAAUCAGGCCUGAAACAAAUUAUGAAAGACAUUCGGGAGCAGUUGGAAAAAUCAACCCAUGUGGUCAAUCAGGCCUCCACUAGGGAUUCGGAUCGAGUGGAUUCAGAAACAAUGAAUUCAUACCCUGAAGUGAAACCUUACGACAUACAGUCGUUGCGAUCAAGAUUCGAAAGGGAAGUCUCGAGUACUGAGCGCAUGUCAUGGAAACGAGAGUCUAAUCCUGGAUUUAGAGAUCUUGGAAAUGAUAGAUCAUUCAGAGAUCUCGGAAAUGAUAGGUCAUUCAAAAAUCUUGGAAAUGAUAGAUCGCCCAGAGAAUUUGGGAAUGAUAGGUCAGUCAGGGAUUAUGGCAAUGAUAGGUCAGUCAGGGAUUAUGGGAAUGAUAGGUCAUUCGGCGAUUAUGGGAAUGAUAGGUCAUACUUUGUCCCAGAGGUCUAUGUAGAACCAAAGAUGAGGUGGCAGAUACAUGCUCCUGUUACUCCUGACAACACGAGCAACUCUGCUCAUCGCCGUCCGCCUGUCGAGCUGGCAAUGAGGCCGCCCUCUCAACCGGCAACGCAAGUCAGUCAAUCAGAGCCAGCAUCAAGUAACAGCUCAGUGACUCGGAAGUCUGCUUUUGAGCUGCAACAACAUUCAAAUCAAACCUUCUAUCCGUUCAACCAUGCUUCCGCACAGAGGAAUGUGCAUUUACCGCCACCGAUCAACUAUCAACCAGAUUUCCAGACGGGUCUUCCGCGGGGCUGGGAGAUGAAAGUCGACUCGCCUUCAGGGAAGGUUUUCUAUGUCAACCAUUCUUUGCGAGCAAUCUCAUGGGAAAGACCCAAACUCGAAACGCCUUUGAGCUCAGAGAGAGAGAUGAGUCAGUUGCCGCCUCAAAGACCUGUGGAAGACAAGCCGACGCCUGUAGUGGAACCCGUGGAAGAGAAGCGAACGCCGCCUCAGAGAAUUGUUGAAGAGACACCAGCACCAACUCAGAAGCUUGACAAUCCUUUUGACGGGUCCGAGAUUUUGAAUAGAAUAUCCUCCAACGUGCAGAACAUCCUCAUGAAACUGUCAAAUGCUUCGAGCGGCUCAGAAAACGAUGCUGCAAACAAUCUUCGUGACGAUUCGAACAAGGAGCAGCAAGAUUACAACUUGAAAUGGCGACUUGAGGAAUUCAAGAUCAAAACCUCCAUCAAGGAGAGAAUCAGCGCUGAGAGCGCGCUGCUUGAUGGGAAGAUCGACCUCAGGCGAUCGUACAACUUCGCGACUUCCAAUACGUUUACAAGCUUUGAAGAUAUCGAUUUUGCCCCGAAGUCAAGGAAAUGGCAAAAUGAUGGGCAUGAGAACGACAAUC